AUGGCAAAAUAUUCAGCUGGCUUGAGCGGGGUUAAGAAGCUUUCAAAACGCCCAAUAUCCUCCACCUUGCAAGCCAGAUCUUCUUCCCACACCCUUUCCCCAAUAGCCGCUAUGACAGUCCAGACAUUCAAAACAGCAGGUCCUACUGCAUCGCAACUGCCCCUACUGAGUUGUAGAUGUAUUAGAGGCCGAUUAGCGUCGCAGAGUCCUACGGCCAAUAACCCCCUUCCGAGCGCCGUAACCACGACCGUUGUCGAGUAUAGUCCAGAUGCCUAUGUGAUUCAGGGCCAGCCCAAGCACACCAUACAAUUGACCGAGUCGCCAGAGCUCGAGCUCCUGGCCUGCUUUGAUGUGCCCUCAGGGCCAAUUACAAAGGCGUAUCUUCAAGAUGCUUACCGUCGCUACCUCCGCGACGACGAUGUCUUUUGCGAUAGAUUCCUGAAGCAUGUACUCCUCACCACAAACGAGACGUCCAUAAGUGACUCAGUCCGGCAGUUUCUUGCGGAACUUGGUUGCACUACUGUCAUUUUGAUUCCUGAUUCGAGCAUCGCUCCGGGACCAUACUUUUACUCUCGGCGUGGUUUGUUUUGGGCGUGGAAACUGUACAAAGAUGACCACGAAGCCUUUGUUCUCAGCACAAUUCCAUCCCAGCAGGACACUAAUGUGUAUCAGAGCCUGAAUGCUUCAGCCUUGGCAGCGACAACACUGUGCGUCGCUGUUCCCUCUCGACUCUAUUUUGAAAAGACGCCAAAUUUGCCAUUGGCCGGAUUGAGAAUCGCAAUCAACGAUUUAUUCCAUCUCAACGGCGUUCCCACAGGUUGCGGCAACCGAGCCUACCGUAGUUUACACCCAACUUCCAAUGUCACAACUGAUUUUGUCCAAGAUGUUGUGAACAAGGGCGCUAUUAUUGUGGGAAAGACAAAGACGGUUGAAUUUGGAGGCAGCCAGGAAGUUAUAGGGGACUGGUGCGAUUAUUCAUACGCUUUCAACGCUCGGGGUGAUGGUUAUCUCGCCUCCACUGGCAGCAGUACUGGUUCAGCGUCAAGUUUGGCUGCAUAUCCCUGGCUUGACAUCACACUCGGGACUGAUGCUGGGGGAAGCAUCAGAGAUCCUGCGGUUGCCCAUGGCAUCUACGGCUUUAGGCCAUCCCAUGACGGCACUCCCAUGCAGGAUGCUAUGAUUCCCUGUCCUGUCUUUCACACUCCCGGCUUUCUGGGACGCAGCUAUCACACCAUGCUGCAUUUCAGCAAUCAGUGGUCCAUUACUGCACGAGCAGAAACGGAGCCUCUAUCUCCGACACGAAUUCUGUUUCCGCCAGACUACUACGUUAGCAACAAGGACGUCCAGGUGCUGGCUGAUGAUUGGGUCAAUGCUCUUUCCAGGUGGCUUCAGGUAGAAGUGAGCCGUACCUCGAUUCAGGAAAGAUGGGCGGCCACAAAGCCAACCCACGCACAGGAACCUUUUGAAGAGUUUUUCAGCAAGGCAUUCUUCGACAUUCUGUCCCACGAAUACUGGACUCAUGCGGCGCCUUUCCGAAAGGAGUACGAAGAUGGCUUCGCUUCAGCGCCAUACGUAUGCAAGCUUACAGAAUGGCUAUGUGCCACCAGGAAGAAGGGACAAUCCGUAUCGUCCUCCCGGAAGCAAGAGGCUCUGGCUAAAGUCCGCGAUCAUAAUCAUUGGCUUUCCGAGCACUUCUUAGAGAACAAGAAUGACAUUAUAAUCAUUCCUCGAUAUACGCUAGAUUAUCGAGACGAAUAUCUCCCAGCGCCCGAAAGUCGCAACUUCUAUGAGUUUCACUCCAACCUACACGCCUCUUUCGCUGGACUCCCAAACAUCAUAGUUCCAAUCGGUCAAUGCCCUUAUCAUUCCAACGUCACGAAAAGGGAUGAGGUUUUUCCCGUUUCCCUCUCGAUCAUAGGACCGGAAGGAAAUUAUUAUAAUAGAUAUCUUGUGUUAGGUAGCCUAGCUAAAUUCGUGAGCGAAAGGGGCUCGGGUUAA